AUGGCAGCAAUAAUGAGCGUUGACUUUGAAAACUGUUUCAUCUUAACCUUCCUAUGCUUCUUCUCGUUCCUCAGUUAUUCUUUCAUCUUCAAGAAACCAAAGAACUCACGACGAGGCCGUGAUCUGCCUCCGAGCCCUCCUUCUCUUCCAAUCGUUGGUCAUCUACAUCUUCUCCUCUCAACUCUAAUCCACAAGUCUCUCCAGAAAAUAUCCUCUAAGUAUGGACCUCUCCUCCAUCUCCGUUUCUUCCAUGUCCCCAUCAUUCUCGUCUCAUCUGCCUCCAUGGCGCACGAGAUCUUCAAGUCCCACGACGUGAACAUCUCUUAUCGUGGAGUUUCUGCCAACGGCGAGUCUCUUGUUUUUGGAUCUUCCGGUUUCCUCAGCGCUCCUUAUGGGGAUUACUUGAAGUUCAUGAAGAAGCUCGCUGUCACAAAGUUUCUUCGACCGCAAGCAAUUGAGCAAGCACAAGGCGUCCGUGCAGUGGAGCUAGAGAGGUUCUACGCAAACCUGAUGGAGAAAGCGAAGAAAAAGGAGAGCGUUGAGAUUGCUAUGGAAGUGAUGAAGCUCACUAACAACAUGAUUUUCAGAAUGAUCAUGGGAAGGAGGUAUUCAGAAGCAAGAGGUUACGCAGAGAGAGUCAUGGAGUUGACUAUAAAGUCUUUUAACUUAACAAAGAAGAUUUUCUUUGCAAACAUGUUGCGUAGCAUGUUUGAGAAGCUUGGAAUCUCACUGUUUAACAAAGAGAUCAUGGGAGUUUCGCGCGAAUACGAUGAGUUGCUGGAAAGGAUUCUUGUGGAACAUGAAGAGACACUUGAGGAGGAGGAUCAAGAUAAGGACAUGAUGGAUUUUUUGUUGGAGACUUACCGAGACGAAAAGGCAGAGUAUAAGAUCACUAGGAACCAUAUAAAGUCUUUGUUCGUGGAGAUUUUCCUUGGAGGCACGGACCCAUCGACGCGAGCAACAGAGUGGACAAUGGCAGAGAUCCUUAACAACCCCAAUAUCUUGGAGAAGAUGAGAGAAGAGAUUGAUACUGUUGUAGGAAAAGCAAGGCUGAUCCAAGAAUCGGAUCUACCAAACCUUCCUUACUUGCAAGCGGUGGUCAAAGAAGGACUAAGAAUGUACCCGCCAUUGCCUCUCGUGCUUAGGGCAUUCCAAGAAAGCUGUGAGAUCAAAGGUUUCUACGUGCCAAAGGAGACGGUACUUGUUGUUAAUGCAUAUGGUGUGAUGAGAGACCCUGAUUCUUGGGAAGAUCCUGAUGUGUUUAAGCCAGAGAGGUUUCUUGAUUUUUCAAGAUCAGGACAAGAAGAGCAAGGCAUGAAGUACAUUCCUUUUGGAGCCGGAAGGAGAGGUUGUCUUGGAUCACAUCUAGCUUAUAUAGUGCAAGGCACUACAAUAGGAACGAUGGUUCAGUGCUUUGACUGGAGAAUCAAAGGAGAUAAGAUUAACAUGGAAGAGACUCUUGCAGGAUUGGUCUUGACUAUGGCUCAUCCCCUGAAGUGCACUCCUGUCCCUCGACUUGGCCCUUUUGGUUUUUAA